UAAAGACGUCGUAGGAGAGUUAAUCGCGGGCGCGCAUUAGCGGCGCUUCCUGUGCGGCGCGCGUGCUGCGGGCCGGCGCGGGGGGCGCGGGCGGCGGGGGGCGGAGAUUACAUUACUCACGCCUGGUCCGCGACACCGAGGUUAACUCUAUUAGACCGGGAGCGGUCAGUGGAACGCGCGCCACUCGACGGGCAUACUGUGGCUAUUGUGCAGUACGAUCACAGUGACAAGUGCGAGUGGCACCCAGCGGGCAUGCGGCGGCGCGAGCUCUCGGGCCGGGCGGGCUGGGCGGCGUGGGCGCUGGGCGCGGCGGCGUUGGGCGCGCUGCUACCGCUGGAGGCUGAGCGGCUGCGCGCCAGCGUCGGCGGGUUUGCCGUCAUGAACUGCCACCUCGACUUCCCUUUCGGCAACGAGAUCCCCUACCACCUGCAGUGGGAUAAAGACGGCGAGACGAUAUUCUCAUGGUACAGCGGCGACGGGGCGCCGGCGGUGGCGGACCGGUGGGGCGGGCGCGUGCGCCGCGUGCAGCAGCCGGGGCUGGGCCGGGGCUCCAUCAACGUGAGCGCCGUGCGCGAGACCGACGCCGGCCUCUACCGCUGCCGCGUCACGUUCCCCAACCGCACGCCGCCCGCGCGCAACAACGGCACCUUCUACCUCCUCGACGUGGAGGGCGGGAACCUGAUCGUGACGCCGCCUACCAACUCUACCGUGCUGGAGGGCGAUCGCGCCGAGCUCGAGUGCCAGCCGAAGAGCCCGGAGUGGAGCGUGGACUGGUUCAAGGACGGCUCGCCGCUGGAGGCGCUGCCGGAGCUGGCGGCACGUGCCGAGCGGCCCGCCAACGGCAGCCUGGUGCUUCGCGCCGCCAGCAGCGCCGACGCCGGCCAGUACUCGUGCCGCGUGCGCGCGCCCGCGCAGCCCGACCAGAGCGCCGCCGCCUUCCUCGACGUGCAGUACAAGGCCAAGGUGGUGUACGCGCCGGCGGAGCGCUACCUGCCGCACGGCAAGCCCGCCAGCCUCGACUGCCACUUCAGCGCCAACCCGCCGCUCACCAACCUGCGCUGGGAGAAGGACGGCUUCCUGUUCGACCCCUACAACGUGCCCGGCGUCUUCUACAGCAGGAACGGCAGUCUGCUCUUUAACCAGGUGGACGAGUCGCACGAGGGCGAUUACUCUUGCACGCCGUACAACGCGCUGGGCACGGGCGGAGCGUCGCCGCGCGUGCGCGUGCGCGUGCUGCGGCCGCCGGCGCUGGGCGCGCGCCCGCUGCCGCUGUACGUGGCGCGCCUGGGGCAGGCGCUGGCGCUGCCCUGCGCCGUCGCCCCGCAGCCGCCGCACCACCCGCCGCCCGCCGUGCACUGGGCGCGCAAAGACGGCGCCGAGCUGCCGCCGGGGCGGCACUCGCUGGACGGCGGCAACCUGACGCUGGCGGAGGUGGAGGAGGGCGACCGCGGCGUGUACGUGUGCACGGCCAGCAACGACGCGGCCGCCGUGUCCGCCGAGACCGAGGUCAUCAUCGAGAACGCGCCGCCGCGCGCGCCGCACGCGCUGCGGGCGCGCGCCGGCCCGGACUCGCUGCACCUCGCGUGGCGGCCCGGCGGCACGCUCGACGUCGACUACACCGUGUGGUACCGCGAGCGCGCCGACCCCGAGUGGCGGACCAUGAAGAUCCUGUCGCGUGGCGUCACCGAGGCGACGCUGCUCGGCCUGCGCCCCGGCGCCGAGUAUGAGCUGCGGGUGCUCGCGCAGGACCACAUCGGCGACGGACUCUUCAGUCGCCCGAUCUACGUGCACACAUUGAAUCCCGGAGGGGAGGAGGCCGGCGAGACGGCGCAGGCGAGCGCGACCACCGGGGCCGUGGAGACGGAGAGCGCGGCGGCGGUCGAGGCGACGGGCGCGGCGACGGGCGCGGCCGGUGACCUGGACGUGAGCGUGCGGCUGCUGGACGACGGCGCCCUGGUGCGCUGGCGGCGCGGGCCCGCCCCGCCCGAGCGCUGCGCGCUGCGCUGGUACCAGGCCGACGAGCCCGACGAGCGGCUGCUGGCCACCGUGCACACGCACCAGGACUACGUGUUCGUGAGCGAGGUGGAGGAGGGCGUGCGCUACUGCGCGCGCGUGGCGUGCGCGGACGGCGCGGCGGGCGCGGCGUGGCUGCGCGUGCCGGCGUACGGGCGCCUGCGCGGCGCGGCGGGCGGCGCGGCGGGCGCGGCGCUGCUGCUGGCGGCGCUGGCCGGCGCGCUACACUCUGGAGUGUGUCAAGCGAAGUUCAGCAAGUAA